GUCCUGACUCAGCCGUGACCGCACCGUCUGUUUUCGCGGUCGCAGCUUCACUUCUCUGGGGUCCUGACUCAGCCGUGACUGCACCGUCUGUUUUCGCGGUCGCAGCUUCACUUCGCAUGAAAUCGAUUUGAAUGCGGGUUGAGUUUCGAAUUUUUAUUUGUGUCGUAUCCCCAACAGGGGCCAUCCAUUAUUAGUCCCCUCAGUGCCCCAUUACCCAUACAGAUACUAGGUCGUCAGGCCUGAUCUUGUCGCCCUUUGGAUAAGUUCACGAAUGCCCGCAGAGUCGAAUGUUGAUGGAGACACUAAUAAGGCCUUUAAAGCGAACAGCUUAUAAAAGUGACGAACACAAGGCGCUUAUAACUGCCUCCAUUAGCCGUCAAGCCAGAAUCGCUACAUGGGUGGCGCGACAACGAUGAAGUCGCUAGCUAGUUUCGCGUCGUCGUUCGCCUUGAUCUCGUGUGUUUUCGCCGUUGCCAAUGCAGCAAAUUCCAAACUUCGAUUCGGUCCACAGAGCAUCAACCUUUGGAGGCUAGACGCGCGGGAGAGGGUACUGUUGGCCGCACAUCCUGCAGUUUCCCCGCUCGUCUUACAGGAUACAAGUAACAUCGAUCUUUCCGCUUCGCCGACCGCAUCGUCACAGAAACCUGUCGAGUUCCCAGAGCGGUACUUCAUACAACCCAUUGAUCAUCAUAACCACACCGCUGGGACUUUUGGUCAGCGUUACUGGGUUAAUACACGUCACUAUAUUUCUGGUUCUAGUGGACCUGUGAUUGUCCUCGAUGGCGGGGAGACGAGUGGGGAGGAAAGAAUCCCAUUCUUGGACACCGGUAUUAUAGAUAUGCUGGCGAAGGCUACUGGUGGUGUGGGUGUCGUACUUGAGCAUCGGUACUAUGGAAAAUCAAUACCCGUCUCCGACUUCAGCACUGACAACCUCAGGUGGCUUAACAAUGACCAAGCCACAGCUGAUUCCGCAAACUUCAUGGCAAAUGUGAAGUUUUAUGGGAUAGAUGAGGACCUCACUGCACCAAAUGUUCCCUGGAUAUAUUAUGGUGGCUCUUAUGCAGGUGCCAGAUCAGCUCACAUGAAGAUAUUGUAUCCUGAGCUUGUCUUCGGUGCCGUCGCUUCCAGCGCUGUUACCCAUGCUACCCUUUCCAACUGGGAGUACUACGAAGUCAUCCGCCAAGCUGCUGACCCAAACUGUACUGCUCACAUUGAGAAUACUGUGAAGACACUUGACGUCCUGCUCGAGAUUCCUUAUCUCAAUCCUUAUGUCAAAGCGCUGUUCGGGCUGCAAGACCUCAAGCAUGAUGACGAUUUUAUGUCGGUCAUUGAGACACCGCUUGGUAAUUGGCAGGCGAAGAACUGGGAUCCUGCUGUGGGCAGUCAGAAAUUUGACGAAUUUUGUGAAACACUAAACAAACCGAUCUUCGGUGCAACUGACAUCUCAGCGCUCCCAGUUGGUCACGAGGACCGUCUUUUGAGUUUGCCAGGUGGACAUCGUAUUGAUUUCUCCAUCUUAAACUACGCGCAGUAUAUCAGAGAGGGUCUAGUCAAACGCUGCCUUAAUGCCGACAUGACCGUGGAGGAAUGUUUUGGAACGUACAACGAUACAGUAUUCAUGGAGACGGCUAUUAAUCAAGAUUGGCGACUCUGGACAUUUCAGGUCUGCACGGAAUGGGGCUAUUUUUUCACGGCUCCACCUGACCCGGAGUACCCUAGAAUUGUGUCGAAAUUGAUGACCAUGGACUACGCGAGCAAGAUCUGCCAGCAGGCCUUUCCUCCCGGAAAAUACUUCGUUGUACCCCCUUUGCCGAACAUCACAGCCGUAAACGCCCUCGGUGAUUUUGCAAUUGCAACUGACAGGCUUGCCUUCAUAGAUGGGGAUGUGGAUCCCUGGAAGCCAUGCACGCCACACAGUACGCAUGCAGAUGAUAGAGAGGAUACUAUUCUCAGACCGUUUAAGCUCAUACCAGGUGGAGUGCACCACUACGACGAGAAUGGUCUCCGCAAUAUCACAGAUGAACCUCUUGAAAUCCAGAAGAUUCACUACGAGAUAAUUAAUUUUGUCUUGGAGUGGUUGGAAGAUUUUGAAGUGUAGAUACACAUAUGAUGCUGGUUGCUGAGCGGUCUUUGCAACUGAAUUUCGAUCGUUGAAUACAAAGGCCCUCCGAGCACCCUUAGACAAGCUCUUCAACUACUACUGUCCACCCAAAAAUCAUGUGGAGUCAUAGGUUCUGGCUGUACUUCAAGGAUGCAAUUGGUGCCAUUGAUGGCAGUCAUAUUCCUGCUUCCCUGCCACUUCAUGACCGUGCUGCAUACUGCAACUGAAAGGGC